AUGGCUUCGCGGGUGCUGUCGCGCGCCUCUACGCUCGAGAACAAGCUAGACUCUCUCUCUAUUCACGACGAAGCUCCGCCUGAGCAGCUCAAGCGCACCUCGGUCGCUCACAAACCCGCCAACCCAAAGCUUGCGCCUAUUCGACCAUCGAAUGCCGCGGCUCCCUCGUCGACUCUCUCAGCCCAGCCAACCUCGUCCGCACCGUCUUCAUCCAACAUCAACCGCCAACCGUCUCUCAAGCUCGCGACUGCCAACUCGGCAGCUUCACGGGCUUCUAACGCGACUGGUGGAAAGUUGAGAGUGCCGAACGGGCCGGGCGCGAACGCGGGAGGAGCGGGAACCGGCUUGCAGAGCAAGUUCCGAGGAGGAGGUGCGAAUGGGGGCACAUCUCCGGGUGCUGCUAGCUCUUCCGCCGCGCCUUCAACAUCCACGCGACCACUUCCGACCGGCACUUCCUCGCGAACCGCUCAGCCUCCGUCCUCAUCCUCUCCGCCUCCCUCAGACGUUCCCUCCGACAUCGGCACUUACGAUGGCGGCUUCGAGCGCGACGAGCAGCGAAGAGAGAAGGAGCGAGAGGCGGCGGGUGGAGGUCAGGCGAUCAAGGGUGAGGCGGUCAAGAUAUUGGCGAUGGACUCGAGCGCAGCUGGUCCCCACCGCCCGACCCAGCGCUUCUCCCUCUCCUCCUUCGAGAUCGGCAAACCCCUCGGCAAGGGCAAGUUCGGACGCGUCUACAUGGCUCGAACACUGGUCGAGCCAAAGUACAUCGUCGCGCUCAAGUGCUUGCACAAGGAGGAGCUCGUCAAGAACCGCGUCGAGAAGCAGGUUCGGAGGGAGAUCGAGAUUCAGAGUCAUCUUGCCCACCCCAACAUCCUCCGCCUGCACGGCUACUUCCACGACGAGACGCGCAUCUUCCUGAUCCUCGAAUUCGCCGGCCGCGGCGAGCUGUACAAGCAACUCUCCAAGUGCGGGCGGUUCAGCGAGAAACGGAGUAGUCGGUACAUCGCCCAAAUGGCCGACGCGCUCGCCUACCUCCACGCCAAGCACGUCAUUCACCGCGACAUCAAACCUGAGAACAUCCUUAUCGGCAUGAACGGCGAGCUCAAGAUUGGCGACUUUGGCUGGAGCGUCCACGCGCCUGGCAACCGCCGCUCAACUCUCUGCGGAACACUCGACUACCUCCCGCCCGAGAUGGUCGAGAACCGCGAGCACACGGACAAGGUCGACCUUUGGGCUCUCGGCGUCUUGUGCUACGAAUUCUUGGUCGGAAAUCCGCCUUUCGAGGAUUUGUCGGGCCAUCAGGCGACCUACAACAAGAUCACCCGGCUUCAGUACACCAUUCCCGCGACCGUCUCUCCCGAAGCCGCCGACCUCAUCCGCAAGCUCCUCCGCAUCAAGCCCGAAGACCGCCUUCCGCUCUCCGAAGUCCUCAAGCAUCCCUGGAUCAAGAAAUACGAGAAACGGUCCUUUUCGUCCGUGCCGAGCAGUUUGGCGUCGUCCAGGGCUAGUACCGUCGCUUAG